AUGUGCUCACCAUGCUGGCAGUUUGAUAUCACCGUCGACGGCAGGCCCCUCGGGCGUAUCAUCUUCAAGCUAUAUGACGAUGUUGUCCCGAGGACAGCCAGGAACUUCCGCGAGCUAGCCACUGCCCAGCACGGGUUCGGCUAUAAGGGCUCUACCUUUCAUCGUAUCAUUCCCAAUUUCAUGCUCCAGGGUGGUGAUUUCACUAGUGGCGACGGCACGGGCGGAAAGUCCAUCUAUGGCGAGACAUUCAACGAUGAAAACUUCAGGAUCAAGCACACCAAGCCUGGUAUGCUCUCGAUGGCGAACGCCGGAGCGAACACCAACGGCUCGCAGUUUUUUAUCACCACAGUCAUCACCUCGUGGCUCGACAGCAAGCAUGUCGUUUUCGGCGAGGUUGUUGAGGGCUACGAAACUGUUGUGAAGAAGAUCGAGUCGCUGGGCUCCAGUUCUGGUACAGCCAUUGCGAAGAUCAACAUUGCUAACAGUGGUGUUGUUUAA